AUGGCAACUACGGAGAAUAACCAACCAAUCCCUCCCGAAGAAGAAAAGGAAAUAUCGUCACUCUUAGAAAGCAUAAAAAUAGACGAUGAAAAGAUGACAGAUCUGACAGAGGAACAAAAGGAAACGUUAAAAAAGCUGAAGUUGUACCAGAAAGAAUACUAUGACUACGAAUCAAAAUUUGAAUACGAGUUAUUUUUGUUAAGGCAGAAAUAUCACGAUUUGUAUGGUCCAAUUUAUGAUAAAAGAAGAGAAGCAUUAGUAGGAAAUGGAGAGACAAAAAUUGGUACACCAAAUUUACCAGAAUUUUGGCUUAGAGCAUUAAGGAAUAAUAAUACCGUGAGUCAUGUUAUAGAAGAUCAUGAUGAAGAAAUUUUAGUUUACUUAAAUGAUAUAAGAUGUGAUUAUAUUAAAAAAAAUAAGGAAAAAAAGGAAGGAUUUAUUUUAUCAUUUCAUUUUGCAUCAAACCCAUUUUUUAGCAACUCAGUUUUGACAAAAACAUAUCAUAUGAAAUGUGUAGAUUGUGAUAAUGAACCAGUAUUGUUACACACAGAAGCUACUGUUAUUGACUGGUUUGAUAACAAAAAUAUUUUAAAAAAAAAUGUUGUAAAAAAACAACAUAAUAAAAAUUCAAGAGAAGUGAAAACAGUACAACAAACAGUUAACAGAGAUAGUUUUUUUCAUUUUUUUACGAGUCAUAAAGUGCCAAAUUCUAAUGUUAUAAAACAGCUAAGCAAACAUGAAGUAGCCCAACUAGAAAUGAUCAUAGAAGGAGAUUAUGAAGUUGCAUUAACAAUUAAAGAAAGAAUUAUUCCAUAUGCUGUUGAUUAUUACUUGGGAAUAAUUAUAGAAAGUGAAAGUAAUAGCAUUGUCAGUGAUGUAGAUAGUAGUUAUAGUAGCAGUGAAAACAAUAGUAAUUACAACAGUUAUGAAAGUAACAACAGUGCGUACAAUGAUGAAAAUAGUAAUGUAGAUACCAAUGAAUAUGACGAUAAUGAAGAAGAGGAAGAUGAAGGUGCUAAGAGCAACGAUGAGGCUAUGACAUCUUGA